AGUGACCGGAAGAAGAAGCGGUGUGGCAAAUAUCAAAUCGUUGCGCUUUGCCUUGUUGGCCACCAAGCGUCAUGAUGAGUUUAAAGCGAAAGGGAAACACAAGGUUGAGCCACACACAGCCGAGCAGAUAGAGCGAGGAGAGACGUUUCUGCGAAGGUAACCAUGGCAAUGAUGGGCCAGAGUUCCUGCUCCUCGAUGAGUAACCACACCAAGGAGCGCGUGACCAUGGCCAAAGUAACCCUGGAGAACUUCUACAGCAACCUUAUCGCCCAACAUGAGGAGAGAGAGAUGAGGCAGCAAAAGUUGGAAAAGGUGAUGGACCAAGAGGGCUUGGUUGAUGAAGAGAAGUGUAUCCGGCGUUCUCAGCACGCCAGGAAAGAGACCGACUUCCUGCGUCUCAAACGAACCCGCCUGGGCCUGGAGGACUUUGAGUCCCUCAAGGUGAUUGGCCGAGGAGCUUUUGGAGAGGUGCGUCUGGUGCAGAAAAAGGACACGGGCCAUGUGUACGCUAUGAAGAUCCUCCGUAAGGCUGACAUGCUGGAGAAGGAACAGGUGGGUCACAUCCGUGCCGAGCGAGACAUUCUGGUGGAGGCAGACAGCCUGUGGGUGGUCAAGAUGUUCUACAGCUUCCAGGACAAGAUGAACCUCUACCUCAUCAUGGAGUUCCUGCCUGGCGGUGACAUGAUGACCCUGCUCAUGAAGAAGGAUACUUUGACUGAGGAGUCCACUCAGUUCUACAUCGCUGAGACAGUGAUAGCCAUCGACUCCAUCCACCAACUAGGCUUCAUCCACAGAGACAUCAAACCUGACAACCUGCUACUAGACUCCAGGGGCCAUGUGAAGCUGUCUGACUUUGGUUUAUGCACGGGUCUGAAGAGGGCCCAUCGUACGGAGUUCUACAAGAACCUCAACCACAGCCUCCCCAGUGACUUCAGUAAGCAAACAUUCAAUAACAUGAACUCAAAGAGGAAAGCAGAGACAUGGAAGAGGAACAGGAGACAGCUGGCCUUCUCUACUGUGGGCACCCCUGACUACAUCGCCCCAGAAGUCUUCAUGCAGAACGGAUACAACAAGCUCUGUGAUUGGUGGAGCCUGGGAGUCAUCAUGUAUGAGAUGCUGAUAGGCUAUCCCCCGUUCUGCUCGGAGACCCCCCAGGAGACCUACAGGAAGGUGAUGAACUGGCGGGAAACGCUGACCUUUCCCCCGGAAGUGCCCAUCUCCGAGAAGGCCAAGGACCUCAUCCUCAGGUUUUGCUGUGAAGAGGAGCACAGGAUUGGAGCGACGGGGGUGGAGGACAUCAAGGGCAACGCCUUCUUCGAAGGGGUGGACUACGACCACAUCAGAGAGAGGCCUGCUGCCAUUCCCAUCCAGAUCAAAAGCAUCGACGACACGUCCAACUUUGACGAGUUCCCAGACUCCGAUAUCCUCCAGCCAACGGCUGCCCCUGUGGUGUCUAACCAUUCUGAGGCAGACCUGAAGAACAAGGACUGGGUCUUCAUCAACUACACCUACAAGCGCUUCGAGGGCCUCACAGCCCGAGGGACCAUCCCCUCCUACAUGAAGACAGGGAAGAGAUGAAUAAUUUCUUUGUUCACUCACUCACUCUACCUGCCCCUCAGACUGGCAUUCAAAAGGAAUACACCAUGGAGCCCAGUGACCACUCCUCUAGCUCCAAAAGACACUAAAUUAACCUUGUUUUGGGCCCUUCCUGCUGAAGGGACGUUCCUCCUUCCCUUGCAUGGGACUUGUUGAAGGGCUCCGUGUAGAGAAGUGUGGCCUACUCCAACUCUAGUCUGUGUCGAUCUAAAAAAAAAAAAAAAGCCAGUACAGUGCUGGAAGAUAAGGACGGUGUUCCCAUUAUACUGUCUGCAAGCUCAAUUCUUCAUGGAAUAAUUGUUUUUCUAUAUGGAAACUCACAUGCUGUUCCGCCCCAGUAUUUAAUUUCCCAUAGCUUUUUUUCAAGUGGGAUCCACCAAAGAGCAGUCUUUGAGAUGUUAUUUCCUUAGUUUGGGGAACAUCUCUCGGAUCUCCACUAGCAUCGGUCCAACUCGGCCAAGACUGAUUCUCUAUGCUUCAUUAUUCCACAGGAACGAACCAAGAUACCAGCAUAACAGGUCACCCUUGGGGCCAGAGCCUGUUGUCACACCAGCGGACCACACUCAACUGGCUAUACCCGCAUUCCUUCACUUCUCCCGUCAUAAACGGGCUUUGAAGUCUUAGCGGAGCGGCCAAUUAUCAAGGGCCUGGGAUCCAAUAUGCCUCGCUUUUCUGUCAAAGGGCUAGCUUUUUUCUCUUCAGUCCUUUUUCAACAAGAGAAAAAUGCUCCACACACAAUCGAAUUCUCCAUCUUUAGAAAUUAGGUCCCCCUAUUGAAACUAUUAGAAAUGGAGUGUCAUUUGACGGGAACUAAUGAGUUUUUAGUAAGCUCUCUGAAGCAUCUUGGGUGCUAGGCCUUCCAACAGGUUGCCUGUUGCAACAAGGCAACUCUUAACCAAAUAUUAUUAUUUUAGGGUUUCAAUGUAAUUGCUUUGUCCCCAUGUAAUUGUCACUUCAAUACCAUCAAUGGCAGAGCUGUUUUUAUACAUGGAUUUAUGCAAGUGUUUAUAGCAAUAUAAUCACCUCUCUGGAAUAUGAUUCCAUUUGAAAUGGAACUACACCUCCCAGAAGCCCACUUGUUUAGAUUCAUUCUAGAUUUGACAAUCAUCCACUUUUGAAGGGUAGCAUUCAUGUUGUCCUGAGUUUUUAUUAUUUGCCAAUAAUCUGUUAGCGCUAUAACUUUUUCUGGAUAUGCAUAUCCUUUAGCUGGAGCACAAAGUCAAAUGCAAAAAUGUGCAUGUACCGACCAUUUCUUUGGUUUACUUUUCAAUUUACCUUUUUGUGGUAGGGGAGCUAGAAGUAAGGCCAAGACAUCAAUCUUCUGUUUGUUCUCUCUUUCCUUGUCGUUAAAAAAAACAACUUCCUGACCAUUGGUCUGUAGGGGCUUGGUAGGUGAAGUGGCAGGCAGGGCAAGUUGGUUCAGUGGAGCUGGAAGGAACGGGGAAUAGAAAAGGAGCACCUUUUUAGAUUGAGGGACUCUGACUCUGUGUACUCUGACCCCAGGUUCGGAUCAUUCACGUCACCGUUCACUACUUGUCUUGUCUAUAGUUUCCUCUUGCUGUCGCUUGUUUUUUUUUUUCUUAGCAACUGAACUUUGAGGAAUGUUUUUAAACAUUUCAUUUGUCUCAAGUUUUGUCAAGGAUAUGUCACCUGGAAGUUCCUUACUUUUUUCAAGAGGUGUGAGGGAGAAACUCUGACCUUAAUUCUACCCAGGGCUAUAUGUGACUGUCCUUAAAACAAAAUCCCAAAUGCUGUGUCAUUUGAAUCGAAUGUAAUCCCCAAGGUGUAGUGGCAGAUUAAUUUCAUGCCAUGUUAAUUCCAAAAUGCUGAAUGGAAUGUAGCCACAGCCACCAUUAGUGGUAGGUUUCUGUCACUCAGGGAAGAUGUCAUCUGGUCUUUUCUUAAAUCCCUGUAUGGUAUUCUGGGUAGUUUAGAGUACUUGCUGAAAUUUAAUAGCCAGAUUAUUUAUUUUUUACAACUGAGCGACAGCUGAUUCGAGACUGGUCUCUAAUCAUUUUACUGAUGCUUGAUGUCCAAAUGAUUCUGUAAUGCUGGGUUUAAAAACUAUUUGGGCGGAUGAGGUGGGAAUGUGCAUAUGACUUUUUAAAUGAUUGUAUUGUUAAUUUAUGCUGCUUGGUGUGUGAUUUGCUUGUCUUCAGAGGAAUGGUUGAUAUGCUCAGUAAAAAUGAGAUGUUUGAUUAACCCACACUGAUAACCUCAAGUUAUUUUCUAGAUGUCACCCAACGGUGUGUAUGCUGUUCUUUUUCCCCAGGCAUAAAUUGUGUGUGCCAGUCAAAAGUUUGGACACCUACUCAUUCAAAAGUUUUUCUUUAUUUUUUACAAUUUUCUACAUUGUAGAAUAGUAGUGACAGCAUCAAAACUAUGAAAUAACACACAAAAUUAUGUAGUAACCAAAAAAUGAGAUUCUUCAAUAUAGACAUUCUUUGCCUUGAUGACAGCUUUGCAGUCUUGGCUCAACCAGCUUCAACUGUAAUGCUUUUCCAACAGUCUUGAAGGAGUUCCCACAUGCUGGGCACCUUUCGGCUGCUUUUCCUUCACUCUGCGAUCCAACUCAUCCCAAACCAUCUCAAUUGGGUUGAAUUCAGCUGAUUGUGGAGGCCAGGUCAUCUGACGCAGCACUCCAUCACACUCCUUGGUCAAAUAGCCCUUACACAGCCUGGAGGUCCAUUGUCCUGUUGAAAAACAAAUUAUAGUCCCACUAAGUCCAAACCAGAUGGGAUGGUGUAUUGCUGCAGAAUGCUGUGGUAGCCAUGCUGGUUAAGUGUGCCUUGAAUUCUAAAUUAGUGUCACCGGUAAAGCACCAUCACACUUACUCCGUGCUUCACGGUGGGAACCACACGUGGAGAUCAUCUGUUCACCUACUCUGUCUCAAAGACACUGCAGUUGGAACCAAAAAUCUCACAUUUGGACUCAGACCGAAGGACAGACUUCCACUGGUCUAAUGUCUAUUGCUCGUGUUUUCCCAAGCAAGUCUUCUUUUUGGUAAUGUUUUUUUUUACAGCAAUUUGACCAUGAAGGCCUGAUUCACGCAGUUGAGAUGUCUGUUACUUGAACUCUGAAGCAUUUUUUUGGGCUGCGAUCUGAGUGAGUGGUGAAGCUGGUAACUAAUGAACGUAUCCUCUGCAGCAGAGUUAACUCUGGGUUUUCCUUUCCUGUGGUGGUCCUCAGAGCCAGUUUCAUCACAGCGCCUGAUGUUUUUUUCUCUGCACUUGAAGAAACGUUCAAAAUUCUUGGUGUUCUGUAUUGACUGACCUUCAUGUCUUUAAAGUAAUUAUGGACUGUUUCUCCUUGCUUAUUUGAGCUGUUCUUGCCAUAAUAUGGACUUGGUCUUUUACCAAAUAGGGCUAUCUUCUGUAUACCACCCCUACUUUGUCACAACUGAUUGGUUCAAACGCAUUAAGAAAUUCCACAAAUUAACUUUAAUGAUGCACACCUGCUAAUUGAAAAGCAUGGUGAAGCUGUUUGAGAGAAUGCCAAGAGUGUGCAAAGCUGUCAUCAAGGUAAAGGGUGGCUACUUUGAAGGAUCUAAAAUAUAUUUUGAUUUAACACUUUCUUUGGUUAUUACAUGAUUACAUAUGUGUUAUUUCAUAGUUUGUCUUCACUAUUAUUCUACAAUGUAGAAAACUGUAAAAAUAAACUCUUGAAUGUGUCAA